AAAGGUGGAGGAGAGGACUCAGUGUAACUUCAUGUUUUUAUCCCUCUCAAAAGAGGAUUCACAGACUUAUCGGCCGGGUUUCCAGUCACUGUGAGUCGGCGGAGGAGUCUCACUUGGUUAGUUGACUCCCGGUCUCUUGGUCAUCGGACAGUCCAUCCAAUGUGCGUAAAAGGGCUCUGUUUCCUCACCGUCCUGUGUGGACUCGCAGCUUCAGGCGUGCUGCAGGUCAGCGGGAUGCGUAUAUACACAGCUGGGGAUAUGGAGGCAGUCAACGGGACGGAUGUUCGUCUAAAGUGCACGUUCCAGAGUACCACGGCUAUCAACUCCAACGCCAUCAGCGUCUCCUGGACCUUCAGAUCCCUGAUAACGGGCAAUGAAGAGACGGUGUUCCACUACCAGCAGCAACCAUAUGCUCCUUUAGAGGGCAUUUUCAGGAAGCGUGUCAGUUGGGCCGGUGACAUCAUGGGCCGUGACGCCUCCAUCAUACUUCAACAGGUCAAGUUCACCUACAACGGCACUUACAGCUGCCAGGUUAAGAACCCGCCGGAUGUCCACGGCACGGUUGGAAAGAUUCGACUGCGUGUCGUCACCACAGCCUCUUUCUCCGAACUUCUCCUUCUGGCGUUUGCCAUCGGGGGCGGUAUCGCGGCUGUGGUCAUCCUCCUCAUCAUCAUCCUGUCCUGUAGGCGGUGCAAGAAGAGGACAGAGAGACAGCUGGAAGGGAACGAGGAGGCUCCCCGCAAAGAGAGAAAAGACCCCACUGCGUGGUAAGACCAAGAGAAAGACAGAGGGCGAGGAAGACGGGGAUAGAGAGAGGAACAGAAGAAUCACACACUUCCUCUCUCGCUCUCCAUCUAACUCUGGGGAUCGGGGCAUGAGGCGCUCGGGCUUGGGGCCUGGGGCUCUUUUCCUACUGGACGUUUUACUUCCUUCUUCCUCUCCAACCCCCGUCUUUGGAUCCCAAACCUGGACUAGUUGAGCUGUCAAUAACCAGAGAUAAAUUGAGAAUGUGGCUUUGCGUAGGAAGCUGUAGAUACAGAGCUUUAACCAGACUCUUGUGUAGCUUUUAUGAUAUCACCAUGUGCCUUUCAUUUCUGGAAAGAAACAACUGUUUUAUCAGAUCAAAUUCUGCUGUUCAGCUAACUGGGCUUCCAAACAUAUUUCCUGUUUAGAGUAAAUGUUUUGAUGAUGUAGAGGUUGAACAAUGGUGUAUUCCUGCUGUUUACUUCCCCACUAAUACAUUUCAAACCCUAACAUACCAUGCAGUACAAUGAAUGAGCAGCUUCCCUAGCGUCUAUUGAAGAUUUAAAUACCAGAUGAUGGGACACAUUAUGAAACCCUAUACAUAUCUGUGAUCUAUAACUAGCAACCCUAAUUUCAACGGUCGCAUAUAUCAGCUGUCCGAUCCACUUUACUGUGGUUCUUCUGGUGUACAUUUCUGUUUGGUUUCACUACUGAAGUUAUAUUGCUGUGUUUUCUGAGAUUGCGUGUUGUUUUUAGCCUGAUGUUGAGACUGAAAUAUUCAAGGUGCUAUCAAAUAAUCAAAACCUGAUGGAAAGCACUUGUUGGAAACAGACAUUUCAUACAGUACUUUUGGAAAAAGAAUUGUACCAGCACAUAGUUAAACGCAAUAUCAAUUCUAAAUUUCAUUGACAAAGUGGCAAAACCUUUUACCAACCAGUAAGCCUCUCUGAUGGCCGAUGUCUGUUUUGAACAAUGAGCUGUUUUGUCAAAAUUAUAUUUUUUCAUGGGUGUGGGACUUCUUUGUUUCUCUUGGGUUUUCAGAUCUCUCUGUAAUAGGCUUCAUCACUGGUUAGCAUCAAAACUGUGUUGCAAUACUGAACAUCACUGUAUUCACCAGACUUUAAAAGCCAAGACCCUCAAGGAAAAGUUGACAACUUUGCUGUCAUCUUGGUCGAUCAGAUUUAUUCAGACUUCAAAAUGAAUCUGUCAUUGAAAAACUUGGCGAAGGAAGGAAAUAUUUUACCCCAAUCAGAUGCAGAUGGGUAAACAGAGAUUUUGAUCCAAUCUUCGCUCUCAACUUGGAAUGACUUAACCCUGUGUGACACUAACCCAUUGUCCCUGCAGCUGAGUAUGUGUUGUCUGCUUGACUUUGUCCUGUCCCCAUUCUGUGGGACUUAUGCAUAUGCAUUCACAUAAAUAAUUCAUGGAUGUGUCAUGCAUGAAUUCAUAUCCCGCUCACUGUGUGUGUGUGUGUGUGUGUGUGCUCUGUUGCUCCCCCUGGUGCAUGUCUCCCUCUUCUUCAUCUGUGUGUGUGUCCCAGCCACCCAUCGAGGUCCUUCCACCUCUACCUUUCAGAGUCGUCCAUAGAGAUUGACAGUUCAGAUGGCAUGAUCUCAGAGGCCAGCACCAAAGACCCAAGCUCCUCAGAGGACGAGGGCCCGAGCUCAGACGACGAGAUAGACGGUGACGACUCCGACUGAGGAUAUGGGACAGACAGGGAGACAGAAUCACUGAAGCCAUCCAGGAAGCUCGGUGGAGGGAUGCCCAGAUGGCACCAAUGGAUUACGUCCCACGGUUCUGCCGAGUGGAGACUGGAUGAAGAAAGCACUGCUGCUGCUGCUGAGUUGAAAACAAGCACAUUGUUCAAGAAUGGAGGGAAAAUGGAAAGAAAGUUCUGUUUGAAAUUUUCCGAAUAAAAACAAAGAGAUUAGAGCGAUAAAGAUCAAGGCUUUGAAAGAAGAUCAAAAGUAGAGUAAUUUCCCUUUUGAAAGAGUCCAGAAAUCCUGAAGCUGGCUUGGCGACUGUCCUGAAGGGAAAAAGGGCCAAUAGCUGUCUGUUGUUUGAGACAUGGAGUGUAAGUGUGGGAAGUCAGUAGCACAAUCUGCUGCAACAAUCAACUGAAAGAAGUCACAACUAAUGAAGUUGUCGCCAUGAUGAGCCAUAUAAAGACCUUUAAACUUUCAAAGGUGCCUAAUUUUUACAAACCAUUUUCCGAUUGACUUAAAGGACCAGUGUGUAGGAUUUAAGUUUCAAGUUUAUUUAAUUUAUAAAGCACUUUAAAAAGCAGACCGCCUUGCACCAUGUGAUGUGCAUGUGAAAAUAAGAACAAGUUAAAGUAGAAAUAAGUUUAAACACAAUUUAGUGUCAUCUAGCGGUGAGGUUGCAGAUUGCCACCAGCUGAAUACCUCCGCUCACCACUCCUUUUCCAAGCGUGUCCAAACCUACAGAGGCCUUCAGGAAAUAUGUGAAUUUAUAUUAUACAUAGGUAUAAAUGUGAAGAGUGUGAUUUGUCCAUUACUAUAGAACAUGGCGGUUCCUCAUGGUGGACUCCAUGAAAGAGGCUCCCUAUGUAGAUAUGAAGGGCUUAUUCUGAUUACACACUUUUGAAAUCACAGUUAUGAAUACUUCUAUUCCAUUUCUGCCAAUGAUCACCCUAAAUACAAUACACUGGUCCUUAAAUAGCAUGGAGAAUCUGUAGGAUCAUCUUUCAUACUCCUACAAUUCAAAGCAAAAUAGGUCUUGCAUUUCAGUCAGUUUUGUGCAACCAUCAACAAUCGGAGUACUUGUUCGGAGAAGUUUUCUCUGACAACUGCUGGCUGUAUUCCACAUCAAACUACUCGGAUAAAAAAAAGCAUAAAUGCGAUGUUUCUGUCAAGUCUGAAGGCCAAAUACUUGAUCGGUUAGGCAUGCACCUGUCCUGUUGCAUGGAAGAUCUGAAAACCCUUUGUUUGCAAAGUGUCCUUGAGAACCUGUUUUUUCUCUGUGCGUCUGUGAAUCAUCACAUCUACUAACAAAUUAUUAUAACGCCUGUCUUUCUUCCUUUUUAUGAUUUUGUACUUGUGAUGUUAUACUGAGCAAUAUUUUUAUAGAUUGUUUUUUUUAGAUAAUGCCAUAAGUAUGUUAUCACAUUGUUUAAAAUGUCACUCCAUGUGUUUGUUAUAGAGCUAUUAUAAAAUAUUUUCUAAUAAAAAUGCCUUUAAAUGUU